AUGAUAUUUACCACCCGUAAUCGCAAUUUUGUCGGACGCGCGAUUCAGCUGAACGAGCUUUCAAUGAAGAUCAGGGAGUCAACACGAUCUUUUACCGCUAUAUCUGGCCUGGGAGGACUUGGAAAGUCUGAGCUGGCCGUUGAAUUGGCAUAUUUGCUCUACGAAUCAUCACCGAACUUGUCCAUCUUCUGGCUUGAUGCUACUACAGAUGACACCCUGACUGCGGGGCUUCAAAAAAUCGAGGGACUCGCCAGUAUUUCCACCAGCACUUCGGAAGCUACAACGGCGACUGUGAUACGAUGGUUGAGCUCGCCCAUUUUCGCCAGAUGUCUGCUGAUAAUUGACAACGUGGAUGUAGACUCAAUCGCCGGUUCGACCCUGGAAAACUUGUUGCGCCCCACGCGCGAUGGUCACAUCCUUUUCAUCACCCGCAAUCGGCGACUUGCAUUGAACUACGCGCAUCCAACAGAUGUCUUUGACAUGCCUGCUAUGAUCGAAGAAGACGCGCAAGAUUUGCUUCUCUCGUACAUUGGGUUUGAUGCUGGAGAUGAAGAGAGCCUCAUCAGCUUGGUGAAGGGCCUCGAAUACCAUCCACUAGCGAUCAAAAGCGCCGGAAGAUACAUAGCAUCGACGGGUAUCAAUCCAACAAGAUUUCUCGUCCUCUUGGAGCAAGACGCAUCCUUCUUACCUUCGCUACUUGACCCAACGAUAAUUCCUCAGCGUUAUCGAACAGUGCGCGGAAAAGGUCACAAUAGCAUCUACACGCUAAAGUCUCUUGCUACAUACAACGAGGAAGUCGCCGCGAUCCUUUUCCUCGUUUCGUGUUUGAACUAUUCUGAUUUGCCGGACGAAUUGCUGACAGGGUUUGCGGAUACCAACUCAAGAAGAGAGGCACUUGACAUUCUAAAAGCAUAUUCAAUCCUCAAGCCCAUCGUACUAACCACGAAGUGGAAGAUGCCGGAGCUCGUAAGGCUCAUUGCUAGAGAUCAGCUACUUCGAAGUCCCGGACGCGUUAGAUUUCUUUCAGCCGCUCUCCAGUUCGUCGCUUCGCUUAAAGCAUCACAGACGGAUGCCGCGAAUGACAUACGGGUAUAUUGUGCGCACAUAGCUUCGGUACUGAAAGCUCUCGUUUUCUGCACCUCUGAACAAGAGCUUUCGCCAAGUACGAUCAAGCUUGCCUUCCAGUUGUUAACCAGAUUGUGCCAAUCUCUAGUCGACCAAGGAAAGCCAUACGAAGCAAUCGCAACAUCCUCUCGAUUUACCUCCUGGGCUCCAAUAAGCGCGCAGAGACUCGUUUCUGCACUCGACAAGCUGUGCAGCAAGCUCGGCGUUGCCUAUCACGGCAGCGGGCAGUUUGCCGUCGCGGAGAACAUCACAAGAGAGGUACUCCGAUCACAAAUCCGUACUAUCGGAGAAGACCACCUUGAAACUCUACACAAUCUUAACAACAUUGGCGUGUAUCAACAAGAACAAGGCCGCUUCUCUCUAGCGGAACGCUGUCACCGUAAAGUGCUGGAGAUGAAGUCCAUAAGAUGUGGACCGUGUGAUUUGGAGAUCUUCUUCACCCUCAACAACCUCGCGCUCUCAUUACAAAGCCAGAAAAGAUUCGAAGAAGCCGAAGUCUACUUUGUCCAGGCACUGCGCGGACGAAAGGGAAAAUUGAAGGAAUUUCAUCCGGACGUCCUCGUCAGCAUGAGUAAUCUUGGUGUCCUCAAGCAGUUGCAAGGGCGGCUCGAACAAGCUCAGCAACUACACGAGGCUACCUUGAAGGGCCGUGAACUUGUCUUGGGCGCAGUCCACCCAGAAACAUUGAAGAGUAAGGGAAACCUAGCACUGUUGCUUCAGCGGCAAGGCCGAUACGGCCAAUCAGCCGACCUUCUCCGAAUGGUCUGUCAAGCAUAUAAAGCAGAACUAGGUUCUUCGCACCCAGACACCAUCAAGUCUCUCCGCAAUCUAGCUUCUAUCCUGCAUCAGCAAUCGAAAUACACGGAAGCGGAAGUCUUGAUAAGAGAGGUACUGGAUAUAUUGGAAGAGAAGCACAGUAAAGGUCAUUCCGAAACGUUCAAGACGCUACAAUACUUAGCUACGCUAUUGCAUUGGCAACGGAAACUUGAAGACGCUCUGGGGAUUAUGGCAUCGCUGUAUGACAUGCAGAAUGCGAUGUUAGAGACAGAGCAUCCGGACACGACCAGCAGUAGGAAGUACCUGGCGGAGCUGGAAGCGGAGCUAGCGGCGAGCGGGCAAGACUCUUUUAUUCUGGUUUCUUGCGUGUUGUAG